AUGAUGCAGAAAUUCCGUCUCGAGGCGAUGCAUCCGUCUACCAUGUCGUCGUCUCAAGAUAAAGAUGAUCGUAUAGCUCUGUCAGUUCUGGAGGAGGUGAUUGAGUGGACUGCAUCUCCUCAGUCGAGGGAUGAAAAUGGAGACUUCAUAUGCCCGGAGCAUCACUACUUCUCGAGGAUCCAGAAAGAAUUGUGUGAAGCAAACAAAGAUGUUCACCUGGACACCAAGACGAUCGAGCUGAUGUGGCACCAAGAAUGCAGGAAAGUGACAGGCAAUCGAGGGCUGAGGAAGAAGAAAGGGAACGCAGAGUCCACGUUGGAGAAGGAAGAAUGGCCGAUCGAUGAGACUCAAGAGGAUCCAACGGAGUACCUCGAACGAUGCAAACUGUACUGCUCUUGGUUGGAUAGGAAAGUCUCGAAAUUUCGGAUGGUCUCUGAGCCUCAGACUUGCGAUCCUUGUUGGUUGUUGCAGAGCAUGGAGGUCAUAGCGUCAGAGGUCAGCACCCCACAAGGGAAGGAAGAGAUCGAGCGUGUGAAGGAGUUUGUUCGGUCUAGCAGCCAGUGGCAGAGGGAGGCGUCUUUGACGUCUAUGUCGUUCCUUGAAUCCGUCUCGUCCUUCGUGAAGGAGAUCACUGCCAAUGUGAACAGCUCUUACAGCCUGAUUGUCUCCGCCAAGGAUUCCAUCCCCUCCCCGAAGAGUUUGAUCCGCCAGGUCGAGGAGCUCAGGCAAGAGCUGAUCUUCAAGAACCAAGAGAUGCAGUCGGACGAGACUACCAUACAAGAGAUGGCUGCGAUCAUACAGCAGAUGAGAUACGACAGGGAGGAGGAGACGGUCAGUGCACCAAGUGAUGAUUGCUUCCUGUUGGAGAAGUUGGUGGACGGUAUGGAGCAAGUGGUGAAGCUAAACCAUGACAUCUUGGACUCGCUCUCGGCUCAUUCGUGUUGCAAGUCGAAGAACUGUGAUGUAAGAGCAGAGUCGACAGAUCUUGACAUCGUCAAGGGAUACUUGAAGAAGCUUGAAUGCAACUUGUCCAACCUUGCUUCAAGCUUUGGGGACGGCAAGACUGAGAAUGUGAGGUACAUGGAUGAUCUGAAGAAGGAGAUGCACGACCUGCAGAACAAGUUCGACUCGCACAUGCAGUUCAUGGUGGAAGAGAACGAGAUCCUGAGAAAGGAGAUCAGAGAGCUGCACAACCUGUUUGACCACGUGUACCAGCAUCAGAAUCGUUGCUCGCAGAUGCUUAUGAUUGAGUCGGGAGGCAACGAGCACAGACAAGAGAAGUUGGGCUCGUUUGCUAGCAUGAACUCCAUGCCGCAAGACGAGGAGAGGCUCUUCUCGGGUCCCUGCCUGGAGCUUCACAAGAGUUUCCGUGUGAAACGAAGUCACUUCCUAGAGCUGUUCCAGGUGCUUGCUCAGUCACAGGGCAGUCAGAGUGAGAGACUGUUAAAGGAAAACAAAGAUCUCAAAGAGUUGCUUCAGCGGUCCGAGCAGGAGAAAGAUCAGGUGUCGAAGCUUGCACACAUGGAAAAGUGGGAGCGCGAGGCCGAGUACAACGCUGCCAUCGCCAGGUUGCAGGUGACGUUGGACCAGCAAAGACAGAAGAACAAGCUGCUCAACGAGAUUCUUGUGAGCUCUGCCGUGUUUGACGAUGAAGACAUGCCCAUGGACGACUCUUAUGACCAAGAUUCGAUGAGCGAGGAGGAGGAGGUGAUGGGGAGGAUAGAGGACAGUCUGAAACAGGACUCGCCUCAUUCCCCAUCACAGCUUGUGACGGACGUUUGUUCAGUUCUCAACAGGUUGAAUGAUGUGUUGGAUGUUUCCUCGCGAGAUCUCAACAAGUUGGAAGAGAACAUUUUGACAAACCCAGUCAUCAGAAGUGACCUCAACAACAUUUUCUCCUCUUUGGGUUCAGUCCUGUCGGGCCAGCGCUCGCAGUCCAGCAGUUCUCACCAACCUUGCGCGGCCUCCUGCUCGGCUCACGGGGUAGCGGAUAGGAAGGGACAGGAGGUGGCGAGCAACAGGAGAAGCUCCGAGGAGAUCAGAGAGCAUGAGAUGGCGCAGAACGUGGAGGAGGAGAUGGUGGCCUUCUACAUGAAGGCCAAGAGGAUGCAUCAAGAUGAGCUUGAGCAGACGGCAAGUCAGCAUGAGGAGGAGGAGAAGCAGGAGGAGAGAGGGGAGGAGUACAGACAUGGUCGAAGCAUGAAGGAGCUAGAGGAAGAGAUUGGGGCGCUGACGUCAGACUUUGAUGUUGAUAUGGAGAUGAUGAAGGCGAGGCUGCGAUCUAGAAUCUUCCACUGCCGAGAGCUGUCGGAGAAAGUCCAGGCAUUGCGAUGUUGA